AUGUCACCAAGCCAGAAGAUUACGGAGUCAGAUCCAGUGGACUCAACAUUAAAUGCACCAGAACCUGAGCACUGUCCAGGUCCAGCAUCUGAACAAGCAGGUAAAGAUGAUGCAUGUAAAGGUUGUGCAAAUCAAGAAAUAUGUUCUACUCAAAUUCCAAAAGGUCCUGAUCCAGACCUACCAUUAAUUUAUAAAAGAUUAUCAAAUAUUCAACACAAAAUACUAAUACUAUCGGGAAAGGGUGGAGUUGGAAAAUCGACAUUUACAUCCAUGUUAGCAUGGGCAAUAGCAGCAGAUGAAAAUUUAGAAGUAGGUGCGAUGGAUUUAGAUAUAUGUGGUCCUUCACUACCGAGAAUGUUAGGUGCUGGAGAAAAUGAAAAUAUUCAUCAAUCAAAUAGUGGAUGGAGUCCUGUUUACGUGGCUGAUAAUUUAGGUUUAAUGAGUAUUUCAUUCAUGUUACCAGAUACUGAUCUGGCAAUCAUUUGGAGAGGUGGUAAAAAAAAUGGGUUAAUAAAGCAAUUUUUGAAAGACGUUGAUUGGGGCGAUCAUUUAGAUUAUUUGUUAGUUGACACUCCUCCCGGAACUAGUGAUGAACAUUUAUCAGUCACAUCAUUAAUGAAAGAGGUGGGUAUUGAUGGUGCACUUAUAGUUACAACCCCACAAGAAGUUGCAUUAUUGGAUGUCAGGAAAGAGAUUGAUUUUUGUAGAAAAGCUAAGAUAAAGAUUUUGGGAUUAGUUGAAAAUAUGAGUGGGUUUGUAUGUCCAAGUUGUCAUGGAGAAAGCCAAAUAUUUAAAGCAACAACUGGAGGUGGAGAACAAUUAUGUAAAGAAUUAGGAAUCAAUUUUUUGGGUUCUGUACCCUUAGAUCCUAGAAUCGGUAAAGCUUGUGAUUCAGGAGAGUCAUUUUUUGAAUCAAAUCCUGAUUCUCCAGCAUCUACUGCAAUAUUGGAUGUUGUCGACAGUUUGAGGGAUGAGGUAGAAUUGAAUAUGAAAGGGUUAAAAAUAAAUUAA